CAUUAGGGAAAUACUUCAUUGCCUUUUUCUGUCCCAGGAGGCACUGACAAGACAAGCACUAUGAAGUUCUUGAUUGUAGCUGCCCUGGUGGCUCUCUCUCUCGCAAAUGAUAACAUCAAGAUCGAUAACUCUGGCAAUGAAGGAGGCAGCGUUUCUCAGAAUGUCAAUAUAAACAAUCAAAACAACAUUGCCACGGUCAACAGUCUUGAUGGAUGGAAAUCCUGGGAUUCCAUUUGCGAUUAUGGAAGAGGAUUUGCAGCAACCCGGUUGUUUCAGAAGAAAAUCUGUGUUGUCACCAAAAUCAACAAGGAUUCCUUCCCCAGCCUGGCCCAGCUGAGUGCUAUUGCCAAGGAUAAAAAGAAGCCAUCCAACGACAACCUGAGGAGCUAUACAGUCAACCAGAGAGAAAUUGCUAACAUUGGAGAAUAUGGGCAGCACAUUGAAUCUCUGUGCAAAGGACUUCCUACUUACACUGCUCAGGAGAUACCCGUUAAUGAGGAAGGCUUUGGCCUAUGUGAAUCUUCCAGCAUCAUCACAAUUUUGGGAAUUAGUUUCUGUUUUUAAACAAAGGACACCACUCCAUGGUUGGACAGUGUCUCCUCUGGAAUUUCUUUCCUGUGGAUCUUUCUUCUCUCAGUUAUGCCUAAUAAAAAUAAUAUUAAUAAAAAAAACA